AUGGCUGCGCUUCAAUCACCUAUUGACAUGGAUAUUUCAGACGGCUCCAACAGCGAUAUGGAUGUGUCCGAGAGUGAUCAAGAAACUGAAUCUGCCCCAGUCAAAUCCCUGUCAUCGAAGCAGGCGACCACGUACACCCCAAUUCCCCCAUUUACCUCGUCGCAGUACUAUCCAAGGCCUACAUCAGACGCUGCCAUGCUAAGCUAUGCUCCUGGAAACCAGUUUGGAUCGAAUACUCAAAGUAUGUUGACGGAUACCCGAACGAAUAUGAUGAAUCCUUUCUUCUUUGGAGGUGGAGGUGGAGGUGGAGGUGGAUAUAAUCAGCCUAUUUCAGCAAAGCGAUCCAUUCAUCUGAAUCCAUACAUGGCAAAUGGGGGGAUGGAGAGUCGCGAUAAGAAUGCUCGAUGGCGACAGCAGCAGGAACAACGAACCAAGUCUCCUAAGCCUACGACAGCAACAACAUUGGAUCAGCAGCAGCAGCAGCAUUUGGAUGACUCCGAUGCGGAUUCUUAUUACACGGCAACGAGUGACUUUGAAGAGGAUGAGGAGGAACCUGGUUUAAUCAAGACGGAUCAAGAUGAAAUGGAUGGUUUGCAAGCUGAACUUCAUCGAUAUAAGCAAGAAAUCAGCACGUUGGAUGAACGACUUGAUGAGAUUGGAAGGAAGAAACAACGACUCGAACAAGAUGUGUUACGUCUACGUGUUCAUCAAUCAAUGAAAAAGAAUCGAAAACGGGUUGCCAAUCAGAAUACCACCACCACGACCACCACCUUGGAUCGUCACCAAAGCAACUCGCCUUCUCAAGCUACUACCACUACAGCCAUACCCAAUCCAAUCAAGGCAAAGCAAGAACAACAACAACAGCAACAAAAGCAACAAAAGCAUAUCACCGUAUCGCCUAUAUCCAAAACGAACCAUCCUGCAAUUCAGCAACCAAUGCCACGACCUCCUGCAGCUUCCACAGUACCACCUUCUUCGCCUGCUGUAUCAGUGCCACCCUAUAAGAUGCAACCACCCAAAGUCAAACCAGUCGUACCACCUCCUGUUGCUCCUGCACCGAAGCCAGUCAACACGAAUCAUACCUCUUUCGCUAGUCAUCAUCGUCAAUGGGUUGCACCUUAUGUUGCCACUUCUUCCAAUACCAGCUCUUCUCAAUCGCCUGGCAAGAAUGCAAAUUUCAUGACCAUACCACCGACAAGUCUAUCCACACGUUCACCGGCAGCAGUUACUACACCAAAGACAAUGACACCGCCAUCAGUAGCUACUCCACCAAAAGCAACAUCAUCAUCAGCUGCAGCGGCUACCACAGCAAAAGUAUCACCACCUGAAGCCUCAUCAUCAGCAGUAAAGGAAGCAUGGCUAGUGGAAUCAAUACCAAGGGCAUAUGCAGCACCAUUAAGAGGACCUAAGGAACCGCCACAAGUAAAAGAAGCACACGUCAAGCAACCAGAAGCAUCAUCAUCAACAGCAGCAGCAGCACCAACAUCAGAGGCAAAGAGACACAAGGGUACUUUCAAGCCAUACGAAUCACCAUUGACAAGGCUAGGCAUCGGUAGUCAAAAGAAAGCUCUUCCAAUGGAUCGAGUGAAACGAGGCCUUUGUCGGUUUGAAGCGGGUGGUGGCACGUGCAAUGAUGACACGUGCCGUGAUUUGCAUUUCAGAGAUCUGGAAGGUACAUCAUCAUCAUCUCACUAA